AUGACAACUGCUCCCAUCGACCAGAUGGGGUACUCGACUCCUUCUGAGACUGAUUAUCGAUACGCAGAAAUGCGUGAAGCUACGGAACUUCGGAAACUCGCUGUUAAGCAGAAGAAAUUGGAAAAGAAGGGAAAAGGAUGCGCCGUUUCAGGGAAAACCAACGAGAACGCCAUGAAGGUCAAAGCGGCGAUAGCUAGGUGCCUGGAAUCUGAUGAGAAGAAGGAGAACCUUCCUGGCCCCCGUGCUGAAAAGAAGCCAAUAAACAGCCCGACACCAAAUCUCAUGAAUCUGAAAGACUGGAGUCCGUUUAAGUUGAAUCAGGAGCAACGUGACAACAUUGCUAUAGGUGUCUCUACUAUUGAAGAAGAUGAGGAGACAAAGCAUUUCAUUGUUUCCCAAUGGAAUAUUCGUGGUGGACACGGUAUAAUGCCAUCGGGGACUGGAGAAGACACUAUGAACCGGAAAUCACAGCUGGCGGAGGAAAUGUUGGAUGUCUACAUCAGAACUUGCAUCGGAAUGGUUUCCCGUCUUUCAAGAGGAGAGGAAAAAGGAAUUCGUGCUAUCAGAGUGAGUGUCUUCGAGAGAAUUUGUGAGAAUUCUUUCGAUGAGUUGUGGAGGAAUUCUGGAGAGCCGAGACUCGAUAAGAUACUCAAUGAGGAAUUCGAUGUCAUCAGAAGACAACUGCUUCAAGAGUGUCAAGCACUUGUUUUAGCAAGCGGGAAGGAUGGAGUUAUCACUAUGGGGAGACUGGAGGAAAUGGUGAAUAGCCACAAAACUUCUGAGACAGAGAAGAUCACAUCUACCUCUUCAACACUUUCCAAGGAAUCCAAUGCAUGCAAAAAGUGUUUCCGUUCAAGUGAGAGAUGCAAUGAAGCUAAACUAGAGGUGAAACUGGCGAAGAAUAAAGCGGAGAAGUAUGAGAAAAAGGCGAAGAGGACUGAUGAAUUGGAAAGAAAAGUGAAGGAGAUGGAGAAGGAGAUGAAACAAAUGAGACAGCAAGUAUUCAGGGUGAUCUGUUUCAAUGUGUUCUCAUCAAUAAGGCAAUGUCUCGAACAACAAAUCUCCACUCUGAAACAGGAAAAUGAGCAAUACUGUCUUAGUGCUCCACCAGUAGGCACUGACUGGAGACAGAAGCUUCUGGAAUUUCAGCAAAUCAAGGAUGACUUCAGCAAGGAUAGACGGUUGGAAGAAGCAAGGAGUAUGGUUGAGAGACUGAUCUCCACUUCUGAUUGUGCUGAAACCGAGAGUCUCGCAAUGUAUGAGCUCAACCAACUGGAGGGAUCUACUCGAAUUCUGAUGGAAGCUCUGGAAUUGAAUAUUCAAAAAAUUGAGAGAACCCAUGACUGCUCGGAUCUCCUCCCACUCUGGGAACUCCCCACCUUAUCCCAGGGAUUUCAGGAGAAAUAUCGACUUGAGAUGGAGAAAAAACCGUUGGAGUUAUCAGAAGAUACCCACUGUUUCAUUUGUUUUGAGAGAAAGAGAGAAGGACAUCGGAUUCUGAGAUGCAAGGGAUGCAAGAAGGAGGUUCAUGAGGAGUGUGGUAUCAAAUGGCUCAUGGCUAACCCGACGUGUGCAUUCUGUCGACGAAAAAUGGUUGUUCUGAAGAGAAAUUGGGCUUGA